AUGACUGGCCUCCCUGACGAGCCCGCGGCCAGGGAACCCCGGAGAUCCAAGCGUCUCCAGCGGUCCAUGCCCGAGGCGGCGACGCCUCCUCCGGCACGCCGGACCAGGCGCACCAAGCGCCCGGCUCCUCCGCGCGAGGCCAAGCCCUCCGUUCCCGCCGCGAGGGCUGCGCGAUCAUGCUCGCCCCGUUACAGCGAUCGGGAAUUGGUGGAUGUGGUCGCGUUGCCUCCUCCCCCCGCACCCCGCGCGGAGGCCCCGGUUCCUCCGCCCGAGCGCGGGGACUCGCCUCGCACCGCCUACGUGCUCCGCAACCGCCGAGUCCCGGAUACCGGCAUCCACAAGCCCACCCCGCCUCCGUGCUACGAGAAAAGGGAAAUUAAGCUGGAUCAGCCACGCUUAUCCAAGAAGCAACUUAAGCGAGCUGAACUUUGGAACGCCCCAGCAUGUGCGCGCAAGGGUUUGGAGCGCUACAACGACAUGAAUCAGGGGGAUGAGCAUGAGCUGGUUGAAGCAGUGGGCGUCAAAAGCUUUUCCUACUGUGGUCCGUGCUUGCAUGCAAAUUUUCUUGCUAGGCGUAAAGUUUCCAGCAGCUGUGAUGAUCUUGUUCCCAAGUACUUCUUUGCUGAGCUGACAAUCGAUGCAGAUGGUCUGUCGUGUGUUUCAUGCUUCAAGUUCGACUCAGUUGACUGGAAGAACUUUGGCGGAUGUGGAGUGUGCCCGGCAACAUUUGUCCACCCCGCUGGUGGUGGGUACAUUGGUGCCCGGCCUGAACGACGUCUUCAGCCUGCCCCCAGUGGUCUACAGAUAUCAUUUAGUUUCUAA